AUGGUGUGGGGGUGUAGACAACACACCGCCAGUGCACACAACAACAUAGGACAGCAGGAGGCCCAACAGUCCAGCACGAACCCUGAGGACCAGCUAGCGCUGAUGGCCAGGGCUCGGAGGGUGGCCAGGGCGCACGCCGCCAUCGUCCUCUCCUUCUCCGCCUUCGUGAAAGGAGCAAAUGUAUUCGGCGGUGGCAACCUCCCAGUAUUCCGCGGUGCAACGUUCGGGUUCCAGGCCACCAGGUUGCGUGGUCCCCAGUUUGGCACUGCUGCCACUCCUGGCUUCUCCUCCAUGCCAGCCGCCUCUUAUCCUGCUCAGCCGUACAGCUUCGGUUAUGAUAACACCGACCAGUUCGGCACCCGGCUAUUCCACAAAGAGGAAGGCGAUGCUAGCAACAACAAGAGAGGUUCCUUCGGCUACAGAGACGCCAAUGGCCUGUUCCGCACCGUGACAUACGUUGCCGACGCCAACGGAUUCCGUGCCACCGUAGACACCAACGAACCCGGCACUGCUCCCGCAGCCAGUGCCGAUGCGGUGUUUAAUGCUAAUCCGGUCGCCGCUCCUGCCGUGACAUCGGUCGCUGGGAGUGUAGUGCCUGGUGGUUUUGUGGAAGCCAGGCCUGCUGCAUUCGGUGCUGGUGCAGGCGGCUACGGCGCAGCAGGCCCUUGGGCCGGCUAGUCCCGUGA